AUGGAGCUGCGGAGCGGAGCGGUUCUCCCCGGCCCCGUGCCCGUCCCCAUAACGGCGGCGGAGCAGCACGCGGACGGGUGGUUCCGCGAGGGCGUGCGCCUGGUGUUUGCCCGCUGGACCGCGCUGCAGCUGGCGCUGGAGAAUCAGUGGGGCGGCGGAAGGAGCGCGGAGAAGGCGCAACACAUGAAGGCGGACCUGGUGCAUUUCUGCUACAGCAAGCGCGGUAAGGGGGGGCGAGAGGGGGGUAUGCGCGCUAAGCGGGGGAGGGAGGGGGAUAUGCGCGGUAAGCGGGGAAGAAGGGGGGAGGUGUGCGCAGUAAGCGGGGGAGAGAGGGAGAAGGGGCAACACGUGCAGGCGGACCUGGUUCCCUUCUGCUACAGCAAACGCGGCGGGGAAAGGGGUUGGAGGGGGAAGCGACGGAGCCGUUAUGGGGAGCGAAUAUUUGUGGUGGCCAAGCCGCCAAUUAGUCCCUAUAUUGUCUUUUGUGUACCAGGAGUCGUAUAUGGGGACGAGCUGGAGGAGUGGCUGGACGAGGCGACGGUGAGGGACUUCAACAUGGAGGUGGAGGAUGGGAGCCUCAGAGAGGUGGCAGAUAAGGUAGUUGAAGUGUUCAAGGUGUGUCGGGACGGCAACUUUACGCUCGUGCAGCAGCUGCAAGCAGAGGAAGCAGCCGCUGCUGCCAAGGGAAGUCGAGCGGCACUGCAGCAGAGCAAAGCGGCAAAUCGCAAUGUUGACAGCGACGACAGUGAUUCUGAUGUGGAGGAAGUGGGAAACGGCGGAGCCAUGGAUGAAGAUGCGCCAGGAAGGGGUGCUGGGAUGGGAGCUUCUGGUUCGGGUCGCCAGUUUCGUGCCGCGCCCUUAGUCAGAAACGCGGAGAUUAUCGGGGAGCAGAGGUACUCCAGAAGAGAACCUACAGCAGCCGCUCUUGCUUCACAAGGCGAUGUCUCUACCGAGGGCUUGGAGCUGACUGAGGAAAACGUUGAGAAGGUUCUUGACGAGGUUCGACCGUACUUGAUGGCGGACGGCGGCAAUGUGGAAUUGUACGACAUUGACGGUCUCGUCGUGAAGCUGCGGCUUCAGGGUGCGUGUGGCUCGUGCCCGAGUUCCACAAUGACCAUGAAGAUGGGGAUUGAACGGAGGUUGAUGGAGAAGAUUCCAGAGAUAGUCUCCGUCGAGCAGAUCACGGACCAGGAGACGGGCCUUCCACUGGACGAGGAGAACGUGGAAAAGGUGCUGUCCGAGAUCAGGCCAUAUUUGGUAGGAACGGGUGGUGGGGAGCUGACCCUUGUGAAGAUUGAUCCGCCGAUUGUGAAGGUCAGGAUUGAUGGGCCCGCAGCAGGAGUAAUGACGGUCAGAGUGGCUGUCACUCAGAAGCUCAGGGAGAAAAUUCCAUCUAUUGCUGCUGUACAGUUGCUUUGA